GCGUGGAUCAUCGAUUUCGGCGGCCAUGGGGGGCGCCAUCGGCAACUUGCUGCAGGGCUGGGAUAAUGCCACCAUUGCAGUGUCAUGGAGCAGCAGCAGGUUAAAGCUGACUCGGAUGCCGAGAGUCAAAUGGUGGAGAUGACAAUCAACAAGUGUGGAAGGAAUUGAAUACCUCAUGGUAGCAUAAUUGGUGGAGGAUGGCAAUUGGCAUGGAAAUGGACCGAGAGAGAAGGUGCAGGCUGCAGCUCUUGUGAGUCAACCAGCUCUUUACUCCAAGAAACUGCUGGUCCUACCAUGGUGCAUCCAUCAGAGGCAGUUGCUAAAGGUCCAAAAUGGGCCGACCUUUUUGAACCUGGAGUGAAGCAUGCACUGUUUGUUGGCAUAGGAAUACAGAUCCUGCAACAGUUUGCUGGAAUCAGUGGUGUUCUCUACUACACUCCUCAAAUUCUUGAGCAAGCAGGUGUUGGUGUUCUUCUUUCUAACAUUGGCCUUAUCUCAUCUUUGGCAUCUAUUCUUAUCAGCGCCUUGACAACCUUAUUGAUGCUUCCGAGCAUUGGCAUUGCCAUGAAGUUCAUGGAUAUGUCUGGAAGGAGGUUUCUUCUCCUUGCGACAAUCCCUAUCCUAAUAGUUGCACUAGUUGUCUUGGUCAUGGUCAACAUUGUGGAUGUGGGAACCACAGUGCAUGCUGCACUCUCCACGAUCAGCCUCAUACUCUAUUUCUGCUUCUUCGUCAUGGGGUUUGGGCCUAUUCCCAACAUUCUUUGUGCAGAGAUCUUCCCCACCACUGUUCGUGGAAUCUGCAUAGCCAUCUGCGCCUUUACCUCCUGGAUCGGUGACAUCAUUGUGACAUACACUCUCCCCGUGAUGCUAAACUCCAUCGGGCUCGCCGGUGUCUUCGGGAUAUAUGCUGUUUUUUUGUAUCCUAGCUCUUGUAUUUGUAUACAUGAAGGUGCCGGAGACAAAAGGCAUGCCCCUCGAGGUCAUCAUCGAGUUCUUCUCUGUUGGAGCAAAGCAAGCUAAGGAGGAGUAAUCGCCCGGCUAGGGAUCAACGUCACUGGCUGUAAUUUUUUGGUUUCCAAACUUCAUCGUGGUUAAUUAAUCCUCUGAAGUCGUCUGAAAGUUACUUUUACCUACGAAGGAAGGGACCAGCGACGGUGUGCCUAAAGAGUUGGUUUGGUAGUACAUGGUGUCAUGGUUGGGCUUGGGUUUCUUUUUGUGAUCUUGCUCCUACUUUGAUGUCCCAUGAGAUCCAAAUAGUACCUUAUAUAUCUAGGGAUCACCUGAAACUGCUGCCCUUGUAUAAAUAGAUUGUCAUAAUAUCUUCGGGCAUAAAUCAGAAUAUCAUUGGUAA